AUGCCAAGCGAGUUGCCCAUUGAUACCCUAAGCAACCCAUUACCGGAGACGGUUUUUAGAAGAAAAAAUAACGCCUUAUUCAAGAAACUAGUACGGAAGACUCAUUUCAACUUCAAGGAAAUCGAAGCGUUAGCCGUGAUACACAGAAAGAUAACGCAAACUUUGGGCCCUAUAACGAGAUCAGUGUUUAGAGAUAUUUGGCACUCUAGUUUUGAUUAUACCGAAAACAUUCGGCAUUUGUUCAUCGACAGACUUUUCUCCGCAUUAGACAAGAAGAACAUUUUGCAAAUUAAUCUGGAACAAUGGAUCGAAGGGCUCUCUAUAAUUCUUCGUGGCACUUUGUCCGAGAGGAUACAUUUCGCCUAUACCAUCUACGAUUUUAUGCACACCAACAAAUUGAAGAAGGAGCACAUAUUCCCGUCAAUGCGAGGCUGUCUAAUCAAACUACAGACAGACGAAGAUUCCGACGAGAGCAUGAAGGAUCUGAUUGAUUUGCUGAUGAAGAAGAUCGACGUUGACCGCGACGGUGGGAUAACCGAGGAAGAAUUUCACACGACCGUAAAAGACAGAAAUCCGCUGUUGUUGGAAUGUAUAGGACCGGUGUUUCCGUCUAGAGAGGCCAGACGGGCGUUUCUCAGCACGUUCACGGAUCGCCUCGGACGAUUUUGAUUCCCACCCCUCACGGGAGUCGUCGUUUGCGUAAUUUGUGUACUCAACAACGUCGGUCACGAGCCACGUUUUGUCGUGUAUACCUCUUAGAGAUAACUCGCCGCGACAAGCGAACCCGCCGGAAUCCUUCCCGAGUUACAUCGUCAAGAGCUGCUGUCCCAGCUAAGAACCGAAAAGUGCAUCA